AUGCCUGCCUGCACCCUGGGCCUGCUGGCCCUCAUCUCCCUCACCUCCGCCUGCUACUUCCAGAACUGCCCGCGGGGUGGCAAGAGGGCCACGGCCGACCUGGAGCUGAGACAGUGCCUGCCCUGCGGCCCGGGCGGCCAGGGCCGCUGCUUCGGGCCCCGCAUCUGCUGCGGCGACGAGCUGGGCUGCUUCGUGGGCACGGCCGAGGCGCGGCGCUGCCAGGAGGAGACGUUCCUGCCGUCGCCCUGCCAGUCGGGACAGCGGCCGUGCGGCACCGGGGGCCGCUGCGCCGCCGACGGCAUCUGCUGCAACGAAGAGAGCUGCGUGACGGACCCCGAGUGCCGGGAGGACGCGGGUCCCCAGCGCCGUGCGCGUCCCGGGGAGAGGAGCAACGCGACUCAGCUGGACGGCCCGGCCGGAGCGCUGCUGCUGCGGCUGGUGCAGCUGGUGGCGGCCCCCGAGCCUCGGGAGCCCGCGCAGCCCGGGGGCUACUGACCCCCCACGCCCUAUCUUACGCCCCGCUGCCUCGAUGAACCCUGAAACCCCGAACCGCUACCCCCA